AUGUCCUUUAGUUCUCCGGCAGAUGUCAAGGUCACGUCCCGUCAGAUCCCUCGAUGGGACCAUAUUCCUAAAACUGCCAUUAACUCCAAACCCCUCAUGAUCUACCAUCAAGCCUUUGAUGCAUCGUCCGGCGACCUUGCUGCUCGUUUCGAGGAGGUCGGCGAACACAACCCACGAGGUUUUGGGCGUUGUCGCCGGUCGCGCCCGCCUUUGUUCGUCGAAAAAGGCGGUUUAAUCAUCGUCCCCGCCGGCGUGGGCCAUCGAUUGCUUGAGGACAUCGGGACUGGGCAGGAGUUCACGAUGGUUGGAGCCUACCCCCGGGGCAAAGAAUGGGACAUGUGCUACGGACAGCCAGGGGAGGAAGAGAAAGCUCGCAAUAUCCACGACCUGGAUUGGUUCCAAGGGGAUCCGUUGUUUGGAUCCGGUGGCCCGGUGAUGUAUGCUUAG